AUGUCGGGACCCCUACCCAUCCAGGCCCUGCGUGGGUGCGUCCGAUGUCCGGCCCGACGGUCAACUCCAUCAUCACGACGCCUGUUCAGCCAGACCGGACGGUCCGCCAGCGCGGUCGCAGGCGCCGCGGAGGCCGAGGUGCAGGCCGCCCAGAAGUACUGCGCCGAUCUUGUGCUAAAGUAUGAUCGUCCCGCCUACACCCUCAGCACCUUCGUCCCCCGCCCCGUCCAGCCCUUCUACCUCGCCCUCCGGGCAUUGAACGUCUCGCUCUCCAUGAUCCCCGACACCACCUCCUCGCACACGAUCGGGUUGAUGCGACUCCAGUUCUGGCGCGACGCCGUGACGAAAGCGCUCGCUGGGGCCCCGCCCAAGGAGCCCGUCGCCGUCCUCCUCGCCGCCGCCAUCGCCGACCGCCACGAGCAGACCCAGGGCCGCGCCCGCAUCAGCAAACGCUGGCUCACCCGCAUGAUCGACGCGCGCGAGCAGACCCUCACCAACGACCCCUAUCCCGACCUCGCCGCCCUCGAGACCUACGCCGAGAACACCUACUCCACCCUCAUGUACCUGACGCUGUCCGCCCUGCCCAUGACCUCCGUCACCGCCGACCACGUCGCCUCCCACAUCGGCAAGGCCACGGGCAUCGUCGCCAUUCUCAAGGGCCUCCCGCUCGUUGCCUUCCCGCCCCCGGCCCCGCGGAGUCCCCAGGGCGGCGGCGCAGGGGGCGGCACGAAGCAGGGGGCCGUCAUGCUCCCGCUAGACAUCAUGGCCGAGACGGGCGUGCAGGAGGAGGCCGUCUUCCGACAGGGCGCCGAGGCCCCCGGCCUACGGGAUGCCGUCUUCACCGUCGCCACCCGGGCCAGCGACCACCUCAUCACCGUGGACCAGAUGCUGGCCAACCUGCGCGCCGGCCAGGACGUGGGUCACGCAUUCGAGCACGAGGGCGAGGAAGGCCACGACCAUUCGAUUUCUUCCUCUGGCGAUGCUGCGGACUCCGCCCCGUUGCAGGAGGUGAACCGCGCGUUCGGCGUCUACAUGCCCGCGGUGGCCACGCGGCUGUGGCUCGACCGGCUCCAGCAGGUGGAUUUCGACAUCUUCCAACCGGACCUCCUCCGGUCCGACUGGCGGUUGCCCUGGAAGGCCUACUGGGCCUUUCAGCGACGGAAGUUGUGA